AUGUAUACUUUCGGAAGUUUCCUCGUCAGUCUGCUUCCGACAGUUGCAUUCGCACUACCUGCUCCUCAGACCAAUCUAAAUGCCUCUCUCGCCAACCCAAGCUACGGUCCAAUCCCUGGAGAGUCGAGAACGUAUGCCGACUACAGCAAGACCGCAGCUCCAUUCCCAGGAAACAUCACAGGUGCCAUAUUGCCAACCGAAAGCGGACCUGCAGGACCAGACGAUCUUCUUUUCCAGAACCUGCUUAGUGCAGAAUGGGCAAUUUUCAACUUCUAUCAACAGGGUGUUGAGGCUUUCAAUAGUUCCUCUUUCACCGAGCUUGGUCUGCCCAACACGACAUAUAACCGUGUGAUGCAGAUUCGAGAUAACGAAGCUGGGCAUUUGCGUAUCUUCCAAGACAGCAUUAGUGCUACCAGUGUCAAGCCAGGCGCUUGCACCUACGACUAUGGCUUCAAUGGCAAUGCGAGUGUGUGGCUAGCUCUACAAGUCAGCCUCGAAGUCAUCAGCAUGGCUUUCCUGACCGGCCUCGUUCGUGAAGCCACAACCACAGACACAAUGAGUGCUCUCGUUGCUAUCGGCGAGGUAGAGUCACGACACAAUACCUGGGCUCUCAUUGACGUCUGGAACACCAGUCCUUUCUCCGGUCCUUCUGAUACCGUCUUCCCCUUCGCGAACGAAAUCCUCGACCUCACACGCCAAUAUAUCGUACCUGGCAGCUGCCCUACCGCCAACCCUACAUAUCCCUUGCCUAGGCAAAACUUGCCUGCGACCACUGCUAUCGUUGANGAAAGCAAAGGGCUCGUCGAGUUCGAGUUUACAGACCCUCACAACCAGCCUGAUUGGUACUCUGAGCAGAGAGACAGACAAUACUAUGCCGUCUACUUCCACGGCGUCCACAACAUAACGAUGCCAUUCGACACCAAGACCAACACGUCUGCCUACCCAGCUGACUUUGAUGCUGGGGAAGGACUUCUCAUUGCGGUGAUUGCGAAUGAAGUUGGNUGUCUGACUUUAGAUAGUGUUGUUGCUGGUCCGGCGUUGAUUAUCGAGCAGCCUGCUUUCUAG